UGCGCAUGCCCAUUGAGCAUUGGAAGCCAUGUUGAAGUUUCAGUGGCUGGCUGUGCUUUUCUGACGCUGUAUGUUUUUAGGUUUGUUUUCUUCGAUUUUUAGUAUUAGUGACGUUCAACCAUACCAUUCGGAACCAUAAAUUGGAGUUCUAAAGAUGAAUUCCUGCGUCGACCUAUCCAGGCGCAAUCCGCAGGAGGAUUUCGAGCUAAUUCAGCGGAUAGGAAGCGGGACAUACGGAGAUGUCUACAAGGCCCGUAAUGUCAACACUGGGGAGUUGGCUGCCAUUAAAGUCAUUAAGCUGGAACCUGUGAUUAUGAACUCUCCCACUGGUGAGGACUUUGAGGUGGUGCAGCAGGAGAUCAUCAUGAUGAAGGACUGCAAACACUCCAACAUCGUGGCCUACUUCGGUAGCUAUCUCCGGAGGGAUAAAUUAUGGAUCAGCAUGGAGUACUGCGGAGGAGGAUCUCUGCAGGAUAUUUAUCAUGUGACUGGGCCUCUGUCUGAGUCUCAGAUUGCGUAUAUGUCACGGGAAACCCUCCAGGGUUUGUACUAUCUCCACAACAAAGGCAAAAUGCACAGAGACAUUAAGGGAGCAAAUAUUCUAUUGACAGACAACGGCUAUGUGAAACUAGCUGACUUUGGUGUAUCAGCACAGAUCACUGCCACGCUGGCUAAGAGGAAGUCCUUCAUUGGAACACCAUACUGGAUGGCCCCAGAGGUGGCAGCCGUAGAGAGGAAGGGGGGCUACAACCAGCUGUGUGAUAUCUGGGCCGUGGGCAUCACAGCUAUCGAGCUUGCCGAGCUGCAGCCUCCCAUGUUCGACCUGCACCCUAUGAGGGCCCUUUUCUUGAUGACAAAGAGUAAUUUCCAGCCACCCAAAUUGAAAGACAAAGUGAAAUGGGGAAAUAAUUUCCAUCAUUUUGUCAAAUUGUCCCUGACGAAAAAUCCCAAGAAGAGGCCAACAGCAGAGAAACUAUUACAGCACCCGUUUGUGUCACAGCCUCUCAGUCGAACCCUGGCCAUCGAACUGCUGGACAAAUCCAACAACCCAGACCACACCACAUACAACGACUUUGACGAUGACGACCCAGAACCAGAGUCUCCAGUGUCUGUUCCCCAUCGGAUUCGCUCCACCAGCAGGAGCACCAGAGAAGGGAAGACGCUGUCUGAGAUCAACUUUGGCCAGGUGAAAUUUGACCCUCCGCUGAGGAAGGAGACAGAGCCCCAUCAUGAGCCGCCUGACUCUGACCCGUUUUUGGACUGUGCAGAAGAGCUGUACUACACUGCGAGAUCUAAUCUGGACCUUCAACUGGAGUAUGGACAGGAAUCUCCAAGCCUAAUGGGAGAAAACAAGAGUCUUCUCAAAUCAGUGGAGGAGGAGCUUAAGCAGAGGGGUCACAUGACACAUUUAGAGGCCGAUGAUGAUGGUGGUGAUGAUGGUGAUGAAACUCAACACAAACACAGUACCAUCAUGAGGCCCAAAGUCCCACCCCCACUGCCCCCCAAGCCCAAGUCCAUCUGUCUGCCCCAGGAGAGCCCGUCCCAGGGAGAGGAUGAUGGAGGGGGGACCAUCAAGCGCUGCCCCGUACCCGAGAGCCCUGCCCGAACCUCUUCCUCAAACGUACCCCCACGCCCUCCACCCCCACGCCUGCCCCCCCACAGACGCAGUAGCCUAGGUAAUGGAUUGAACUCUCACCAGAAUGGAGAGAAGGACAGUGCUACAGAGAGGCAGUCCACCAUGCCCCCUAGUGUCCCCAUACGGAAAGACAAGAAGGACAUUACGAAGCCUAUCAGUAAUGGCCUCCCACCCACACCCAAGGUCCAUAUGGGGGCCUGUUUCUCCAAGGUGUUCAACGGCUGCCCGUUGAAAAUCCACUGUGCCACGUCCUGGAUCAACCCAGACACCAGAGACCAAUAUUUGAUAUUUGGUGCCGAGGAGGGAAUCUACACUUUAAACCUGAACGAACUGCACGAGACGUCCAUGGAGCAGCUCUUUCCCCGCCGGUGCACUUGGCUUUAUGUUAUGAACAACUGCCUGCUCUCUAUAUCUGGAAAAGCCUCUCAGCUCUACUCUCAUAACGUAGCUGGUCUGUUCGAGCAUGCCCGGCAAAUGCAGAAGUUACCCAUGGCCAUUCCCACACACAAACUCCCAGACAAGAUGAUUCCACGGAAAUUUGCCAUAUCCAAUAAGAUUCCAGACACAAAAGGGUGCCAAAAGUGCUGCGUGGUGAGGAAUCCCUACACGGGUCACAAGUACCUGUGUGGUGCAUUCCAGUCCAGUGUGGUUCUGCUGGAGUGGGUGGAACCCAUGCAGAAGUUUAUGCUCAUCAAGAACAUCGACUUCCCCCUGCCCUGUCCCCUGGAGGUGUUUGAGAUGCUGGUGGUGCCGGAUCAGCAGUACCCGCUCAUCUGUGUGGCCGUCAGCAAGGGCAUCGAGCUCAGCCAAGUGGUCCGCUUCGGCACGGUCAACCCCAACUCAACCUCCUCCUGGUUCACAGAGGCCGAUACGCCCCAGACUUGUGUUAUCCACGUCACCCAGUUGGAGAGGGACACCAUCUUAGUUUGUCUGGACAGGUGUAUAAAGAUAGUGAACCUACAGGGAAGGUUGAAGUCCAGCAGGAAGUUGUCUGCUGAGCUGACGUUUAACUUCCAGAUCGAGGCGAUAGUGUGUCUCCAAGAUAGCGUUCUGGCAUUUUGGAGGCAUGGCAUGCAAGGGCGGAGUUUCAAAACCAAUGAGAUCACCCAGGAGAUCUCUGAUAACACGCGGAUCUUCAGCCUGCUUGGAUCUGACAGAAACUCUCAGCACGACAGUUCAGGGCAGGAGGGAGCCGCCAGUCUGCCCAGGUAUACUCACUGCUCCCCGGGUCACUCCAGGCCUCACCUAGCCUACAAGCUUUCUGAUCCAUGGAUGUCCCCUGUGGGGACCCUGGAUUUCAUCCCAUCUGUGUGUGUGUGUGUGUGUGUGAGGGGGUAACUGGGACUCUAAUGUUCCAAUUUUGUCUGAACCUAUUGGUUUGGAGUUUGAUGACAUCUUUUUGUUUUUAACACACUUUAAAGUAACUGUCCACUGUUUCCAGAAUGUAUUAAAUAUGACCUAUAAUUCAUUACAAUAUGAGUGAAAUAGUCCUUCCAAAAUGUUUUAAUAGAGUAUAUUAAAAAGCAGCUUCUCUGUGUUGGAAUGGUGUGUGUGUGUGUACCCCAACAGCAAAAUAAUGUGGCGGUAUACCAGUCGUUAAAAAUAUUCAUGCAGGUAGACCACAGAUUGGCCAGCUCAUCCUCUGAGGAAAUGGCAAGCAUUUGACCUGUACUGUAUGUGUUUUUUUGUGGGGGUUUUCUCUCCAAGUUAUGCUUUGGCACAAAUGAGAACAGGAUGAUUCAACAACAUUGUUUGGGUAUCAGUUAACAGAAUAUGAACUUUUAAAAGUUUGAUUUUCACUGGACAGUUACUUUAACACAUCUCCCUCAAUGUUUCCCCCUGCUGGGUUACUCUGGUAACACCACCUACUGGGAGUAAACCUAUGAUUGCGGAAAGGGUACUCUGGUGGCCAGUGCAUGGAAGUGUCAGGGUUUCUUAUUCAUAGAGUUGGAAUGGAUGCUUGGCAAGCUUACUUUUUUCUUGGGUCAGUGACUACUCUGUUACAGCACUUUGACCUUAACAUGAUGGACUUUACCUAUGGUGCUUGAGUAGUCUAUUGGUAGGAUUUGGGAUUGUGCAUGUGGGGGGGUGUUGGAGUCUGUUGGUGUGUGAAAAUGCAUUUUCUGUUUGUGAGGCUUACAUUUGUAAUCCUCCUGGUCCCCUCUGGGACAUAUAUUUUCACAGUGUGAGUCUGAACUGAACCUGUGUUUCAGAGUGGUGGUGCUGGAAAGCAGGCCGACCGACAACCCCACAGCAGCCAGCAACCUCUACAUCCUGGCUGGACACGAGAACAGCUACUGAUCACACCACACAGCAUCUUGGUUACACAAGACACUACAGACAGACUACUGCUUUAGCUUCACAGGAGACUGAUCCUUCAAGGGUCCACUUCCAAAUUGCCUCUUACUUCCUUUUAACACCUAUAUUUAUUGUGGCAUAUAACAAAGAACUGGAUGACUUCUAUAUGAUUUCAUUUUAGAAUUAAGUGUUGCCACCACUGCUAGCAUCUUAGCCCAUACCACACAAGUGCUUAAUUGACCUCUAUUUAAUUGUAAAUAUAAAUGUAGUAUUUUUUUUGCAGAAAGGGACCCUGGCUACUCCAGGGUUGUAAACUAAAGACUGGUCAUGUAGAUAGGUGUUCUGUACCGGUAUGGAGACUGUAAAGAUUUAAAAGGGUGGUUUAGGGGGUCAGUUUGAGCACUAAAAAUGACUUCUUGUUCUCUAAUCAUGUGACAAGGGACAGGAUUUGAUCCCCUCUGAGGUUUGGCUAAGUCUGAGCAGAAAGGAAGUACCACUUACUGGUAAUGUCAUUCUGCACGCAUCAUCAUCCCAAAUGUGGGAACUCCCUUUGUAGUUCGCUUUGAGAAAUAUCUAAUGGGAGAUCAAACAUUUCAUUCUUAGCUUCCAUUUAUAACUCUAUGAGAUGAACAUUUCAAACUGUUUUAAUUGCAGGCUUACUUCCCAGCUAAGUUGUAUGCUUUUUUUAAUACUGUGGGAUCACUGGUGUUAAAAUUUGCACAAAAAGGUAUUUGAAGAAAAGAAAAGUGCCGUUGUAUGUAACUGUAUAUGUGCUUGUAAACUUUAAGUAUACAUACAUAUGUUCUCACAAGCUGUGACACAGGGGUUGCAUUAGCAUAGGUAGAAUUAUUAUGGAACACUCACUGAACAUUACUGAAAUACCAUAAUGAGACUGUGGAGGGAGAAAUGUCAAAGGUCAAACUUAAACGGACUCUAGCGGUACUGUUUUGAUCACCACCAUUUCAUCAUGUAAUUCUCAAUGGUAAUAUCGAUCAUAUACACUAUAGUCAAAUGGACAAAACACAUUCCUUACUGUUGGACUCAGUGAAGAUGUAAAAAGUAAAAAUAUGAAUGUUACAUUUUUUUUGUAAUGUAAUGCCAAAAUGUGUUCUCGAUUAAUGGCCAAAAUUAGUGCGGUGUCUCUACCUCGUGCAAUGUUGAACAAAAGGAAACGAGUUGUGUAGAAGAGGAAAAAAGUCAGUAAAAACACAAGAUUCAUGUUGGUUUUAAUUUACACAGUAGGAAUGUGUAAUGAUUAUGGACUAACUUCCUUUCUGGCGCAUUACCAUUUUCAUAUUGCAAUGCACAUUAUAUAUUGUAUAUAGUGUAAAAUAAAAUCUGUUGGUUUUACAUACUGUAUAAUUGCCUAUAUUUUGUUUCAAAUGUGUAACAGAUUUAUGAAACAAGUUAACACAUUAAAAGAAGGAACUGAA